CAGUUUUCCUGUAGUCAGCUCAGUGCAUUUUUAACUCCGACUAUUGAGUUAACAAAACGGACUGCAGCGUAAUUUACAUCAUUGUCACAUUAAAACAAGUUCGACAAAUUUCAUAGCAAAAAUGGCUAAAAAUAUUUUGCUAAUUUUUAUUGGACUAAUUCAUUUCAUUGAGUAUAUCCAGUCGUUACCGAUUCAACCGAAUUUCGAUAUGACAUUAGACAAUGAAUUCAUAAAUUUGGGAGAAAUCGACACUGGAUAUGAAGAACCGUCCGUGUACAUUUUUAAGCGAAUGGUAAAUCAGUUGGCUGAACAAAUGAACGGCAUGAUAGUGAACGAACACAGUUACAAGACGCCCAACACUGUUGUCCAACAGACCACAAUGAUUGUCGAUGGGAAACCUCAUGUAAUGGGAUCGUAUUCAGUGACGGAUGACAAUGGAUUAACUAUCAUGACGGUGUAUAAAGCAGAUGAGAAAGGCUUUCGACCGAUGACUAGGGUUUCAUUUAAGAAUAGAAAGGAUAUUAGAAGUCUUCUUGGUAAAUGAAUGCGGGCUUGCCUGAACAAAAAGUGAAACCUAGUAUUUAUAGUCCGAAACAGACGUAAAUCACUAUUCAUCAGUGUGAAGUGAAAAACAUAAUUAUACUAUGUCAUGAAUAUAUCUCUGGAAA